UGCUAUUCACUGUCCUGAUCAUGCCACCACACCGACCUUUGCCGUCGCUGCAAACGACAAGCGAAGCCCAUGCCCGUGAAAUCCGACAUCUAGAUUCCAGCAUGAUCCAGCAGCCCAGACGCAUUCGUGCGUCCCUCUGCCCAUCUUGGCGUGCCUCAAUGCUCCCACCUUUUUUUUCUACGUGCGUCGUACUGUGCCUGGGAUUCUAUCGUUCCAUUUACAGUGCCUGCCUCCCGUCCGAAAUUCACAAACCUGUACGCGGCUCUUGGGAUCGCCAUCUCGAUGGCACUGAUGAGUCGACCUGCCCGCACGUGAACGCAUACGCCGGACGCCGCCCCCAUUGAAGCCCGUCCGCGGCGCUCUGUUGUUCUUGACCUGCUUGACUCACCGUGUGUGUGUGUGUGUGUGUGGCCCCGUCGCUGCUCCAGCCUGCCUAGCUCACCAGACGCUCCCAACACGCAGUUCGCCGCCACCUGGCUCUCAGCGCAUCCGGUCUUCCAGCCCCCUUCGCUUGCGGCACCUCACUGAGCGCAAGCUGUGCCACGAGCCCAAGUACCAUCAGCUGCUUCACGCCUUCCAGACCCGCGACACACUGUGGGAUUUGAAUCGGCCCAGACAUCUGGCCUUGGCGGGCGACCAUCAAAUCAGUAGAAGAAGGCACCAUCGUCACACACAAAGCAGGCCUUGGCUCCAACUGACGUGCACACCUCGCAUCCUCGUCACCUACCAUAUCUCCAUAUUGCACCAAGGCCAUUCACUCGCCGUUUCACCGCGGUUUCUACCCGACCUACCUAUAUAGGUACCUAAUUACCCAGGUACCUAUACCUGCCACCUACCCAUUCAGACGCCAUAUCGGGCCGCCUGGACAAUACCUGGUUCUCAACAAACGAGCAAGCCGCUGGGCUGAGGGUCCGCACCCGCUCCAACAGACCCCCAGACCCGUCCAAAAGCACGGCUGCGAGCCAUGUCGACGUCGAACGGCUCCGAGGACGCGCUUCCGCCGCAGCGCAACACACCAUCGCCGUCGUCCCGACCGACCGGCUCGCUGCAGGCUACUGCAACUGUGAAUGCGGGACUUCAGCAUGAGUCCUCUAGAGGCGGCAGCUCCCAAAGCGCAGCAUCUCCGGGCGGUUCCAUGCCGCGCAGCAUGGCCGCGCCUCACCACAGCCGAAGGCGAUCGUCGGUGCUCAUGAAUCUGCAGCUGAAUGACCCCAACGUCCCUGGCCCCGGCGAAAUGAUCACGGAUUCGCAUAACGGCGCUGGGCACUACGCCGCAAGCCCCCAGCCCCGUUCGGGCUCGCCACGGUCACCCAUGAUGCUGGGCCGCGAUCCUCUGCGCCAGCAUGGUCGGGCUCCGAGCCUAGGCGAGAUCCACCAGGAGUUUGAGGCCGAGACGGAAGGACAUGUGAACCGACUGCUCCAGAUCAUCUCGCAGCAGCAGCUCCAGCUCCAGCAGCUCCAGGCCCAGGUGAGCGGCGGCCAGUCGCCUGCCGCGGGCGAUGAGCCUUCGGCGAGCCCCGUUGCCGCAACCAGCUCGGGCCCGUCGUCGGCGUUCCCCGUCUUGACGCCCUCCAGCUCGCUGCCGCGGUCGCCCAUGCAGCUGCGCAGCUCGUUCGACCUGGCCCGCGCCGACCUCCAGCAGCGGCGGUCUAGAACGCCGAGCCGCACCGCGUCGCCCAGGCUGCGCUCCACCUCCAUCAGCGGCGAGAGCGCGGCCGCUCCCGAGCCCCUAGGCCUCGCCGGCCGCGACGAGAGCGCCUUCUACCAGGCCGAGACUCAGACGCUCACCCGCGAGAACCAGAUGCUCCGCCACCGGAUCCGUGACCUGGAGCGACAGCUCACCGAGAUGGGGGCUACCAGCCCGACGGCCGCCGUCACACAUGAGCCAUUCCAGCAUUCAAACCUCACUCGCUCGACCUCGAUUUCGGGCGAGCAUAACCCCGCGACGACGUCUCAGAAGGCGGAGUGACUGGGGCCGAUUUGAAGAAGCUCCAAGGCCACUCGCUCGCGGGCUCAUCGGGUGUAUGCUGUUGUUGUUGUUGUUGUUGGCGUUUAGGUUCAAUUUCGCGAGGGGACGAGACGAGCAUGCCAACCCGACAUAGCAGAAGACACGAUGCUGGCAACUCCUUGCAAUGCAUCCAUCUGGGCGUUGACUCUUGUGGGGUGUUUACUUUCCGGGGACAUGAUUAAAGGACCAUGGUGCCACUUUUUUCCAGGCAUGGCAAACAUGGCAUGUUGUAGGAAAUAGAUUGUUUUUAUUUUUAGUAUGCCACAUCCCCUUCCCUCUCAAUCACACGAGGCAGUGAACGUCGCAAGCAAAGUUUGGGGAAUGCACGUGCGCCUCCUUUCGCUAUAGCGACUCGUGUAAGAUAUGGUUGUUAUAGAAGCCUUGUUUCUAUUUAUAUUCGACGACAUAGAGCGACUAAGAUCUAGAACGUGACCCCCUAUAGUAGUAGUUUUAGAAAGGGAUGGAGAUGGAUGGAUGUCCUCCUGAUUUUCUUUUGCUUUUGGCAAAAAUGUAUGGCCCCCGGGAACGCCGAGCGGGUUGGAAUAUGAUGUGUGUAAAUCCAAUAAAAGAAUAAAUAAUUAAAGAAAAAAUCGUAAAAAGCCAUUCAAGGCAGCAAGAAAAUAGUACAGAGGGACAAGCGGAGCGUAAUGUGGAACCGGUCCUGCUUGUUUCUUUUUUUCAUCGUCAAGGCAGAGCGAUGCCGGGACAUGGACAACCA